CCCUCGGCUCUCCUCCUCCCCUCCUCGCGCACUUUUCCUUGCGCCUUCUUUUCUCCGCGGCCAUGGAAUCGCACCAGGCCAGUACCUCGGCCUCGCGCCUUUCCCGUACCGAUCAGCAGCUCCCGGGAGCCUGUCGUCACUGCAAUAAGCCUGGCCACCUGCCUCAUGAGUGCCGUAACCACAUCAAGCUGGCGGGCCGGACGUUUGGAGCCCCGGCGCCGGUUUUGGAUCCCCCAGCCCCCGUGCCGACGGGUCCCCCGGUGCGGCCAUCACGCACGACCGGCGAUGGCAAGGGCAAUGUCAGCGAUGACCGGGGGUCGCGCUCUUCGCGCUCAUCACGGUCGGAUGUCUCUCCACGGCGGUCGCGCCGGGCCAGCCGUUCGCCUGCCCGGUCAUCGCGGUCGUCGCGGUCCUCAAGGUCGUCGCGAUCUUCCCGCUCCUCACGGUCGUCUCGCUCCUCACGGUCGUCGCGCACGGGCCGUGGACGUCGGCGCUACGAUAGCGAGUCUGACUCCUCCGACUCAUAUGAUUCAUACGACUCGGCCUCAGACUCGUAUGACUCGGCCUCCUCCUCGGACGAGGAUGAUCGCCGUAGCCGCCGAAGCGAGAAGUCCUCUUCCUCUUCCUCGCGCCGUCGUCGUUCACGCUCGCGCUCGCGCUCGCGCUCGCGUCGCCGCUCCCGCUGAGAGAAGCACGCAGGGCAUGUUCCUGCCGUGCCCUGGCCGGCGGUCCCCUGCUGGGCGGGGAUCUCUCCAAAAAUACAACCACGUUUUCCCA